AUGCCCCUCGCUACCGAGGGAAUAGGCACGUCCUCUGCGGUCUCCUGCGAGUGUGGCACGGUUGCUCUGCAUUUCUCCACUCUCCAAGGCACCCGCACCGCCAGAACCCACCCCCCUUCUCCGUUUCGUGAUGACCCGGCGCGUCCAGAUGGCGCGUCCGCUCUCUUGGUCUGCUCCGCGGCCGCCGCCGACGUCCUCGUGGGUCAUCCUUGGCAGCAUCGCGCGCGUCUCCGGCCAGGCGGACGAGGAGUGCGAAGCCUCCGGCCCAGCGGACGAGGGCCGCAUAUCUCCAUCGCGCUCACGGCGCCGCCGCGCGUCUCGAUCCUCUCCCCGCGCGUCUUCCCGGAGCCCGCCACGCCGCAGCACUUCCCCUUCGUCCUCGCCGCCGACCCCUCCGGCCUGCUCCUCCUCCAGGCCAACCUCGCCUGCCCACGCCACCGUGAAGACAUCGAGCUCCCCGUCCCCGACCGGUGGGCGUACUGCUGGAGAAGCAGCAAGUCGCGCUACUUCGUCCUCGACGCCACCACCGCCUCCGCGUUCCACCUCCCCGACCCCAGGCGCCCCAUCCUGCACCAGGCCAUGCUCGGCCUUCUCGCCUCCCCCGAGGGCGGCGGCCACUACAUGGUCGCGGAGCUCCAGCCCUUCAUAGGCGGCGACGCAGCCACGCUCCUCUGCUUCUCUACGGAGGUCGGGGAGUGGGUCUACAAGCCCAUGGAUUACCCGCUCCCGCGCCGCCAGCUGGCCCCCUCCUGCGUCGUCUCGCACCACGGGAGGCUGUGGUGGGUCGACCUCUCAUGGGGCCUCAUCACCUGGGACCCCUUCGCCGACAAGCCGGUCCUGGCCUUCGUUCCCUUCCCGCCGGGCACGGUGCUGGAGUGCAAUGAAGGUUUUGGAAUCACCGACAGGUACCGUCACGUGGGGGUGAGCGACGGCAAGCUGCGGUUCGUGGACACGUACAUGAGCCGGCGUGAAGGCGGCGGCGCUCCGACGGUCAGCGUGUGGACGCUGGCCGACCCAGACUCCACGGAGUGGACGCUGGAGCACGAGGCGACGUUUGCGGACAUCUGGGCCGACAAGAGCUACAAGGCAGCCAAGCUGCCCAAGGAGAUACCCGUGCUUGCGCUCAUCCAUCCCGAGAACCCCUGCGUUGUGUACUUCUUCCUGGAGAGGCAGCUCUUCGGCGUUGACGUGCGCGCACGCAAGUUUGUGCACUGCAAGGUUUAUGGGCUGGUUGCGCCGCCGAGCUGGUACGUCGCCUCUCGCUUCGUUCGGGCUUGGGUGCUGCCGCCGGCACUCUCCUCAGGUAAUGCUACUCGUCAUGCCUCAUCUCGUUACAUUCUAAAAUGA